UCCCAACCGUCCGGUCACCCGUCGUCGCGUCUCUCGUCUCUCGACUAGUCGUCUCUCGUCUCUCAUCUCUCGUUUUACAGUCCGCUGUAUAACGCAUCCGACAAAGACGUGCACGCCGCACGGUAACACGCUGAUCGCUAGGCAGCCACCGACGGCCCGAUCGUUGACACCACCGCGAGCCAGACCGGCGCAGCCACCGCCCACCGCACAUCACGGCGGCGAACGUACGGGCAAACCGCGGCCGUGGUGGUGGCUGCUCCAUCGCGAUGCCAUCGCUGCGGCCGUCUGCACUGCUGGCGAUGAUGGUGCUGCUGACCGCCACCCGCGAUGGACUUGCAGCGCCUGACAUCACCAUGUCCAUACACAGUGACAUAGCUGGUAGUGGAACACCAAGCUCUUUCACGGUCAAUCAGGUAUAUACUCUAAUUUCCAAUAUCGAAUUCAGACUGAGAGAUUUGUCAAAUACAUUAAGACGGGACCAACAUACGGAAAGGAUAAAUUCCAGGAUAGACGUGAUGUUCAACAAGCUCAGUCAUAUAGAAGUAUCCAACGAAAUGUGGUUCGAUAAAUUUCAACAGUCGGUGAUGGAAGAAUGUGGUCCGAACCACAUGACCAGACGUCUGGACAAGGCUCAGCAGCAACUAGAGAUAACAUUAGAACACAUGGAGACCAAUCUACAGACCGUGCAAAAUCAUCAGAAAGAACUGGAGAAAGAAAUCAAAAAAGUGGCCGACAGGCAGACAGAAAUGGCCACAGAUAUUCAGACCAUGCGAAAAGACAUGAGUUCUGAGUUUGAGAAUCACAAUUCCAAUCAGAUUACUUUCAGGAAACAGUUACAAGACACUGUUGCAAAUUUAUCUCAACAAUCCAAAAUCACAGACAGAUCAAUGAGUACCUGCUCGUGUAAUCAAGACGGCGAUUUCAGUCAAAUUCCGGAAACAACAACUGUUAACCGACUGUCCACAACGAUAAGUAAUAUGUACAAUGUGCUCAAAGAUCGUUCAGAUCACAUAAGCAUAGAACUCAAGGAAUUGGUGGAGAAUACUGACAAGUAUCGGCGGAGAUUGGACUCUGAUAGACGUGGCGUGAUUAACGAGUUUUUGGACAGCUUCUUGGAAGCGGCUAUCGACAAGAUAACAGCGAUUCAGAAAAAAUCAGAAGACGAACUUGAAGCCAAGUUCAAAGAGCACUUGCAAUUACUCGUAGAUGGACAAAACUUGUUCAUGGACAAUUGUCACCGAUUGCAAUCAAAUGAACGACAAAUCGAGAAUGAUAUGGUCGAUAUAUUGGAAAGGAUAUUAGACCGUAUUGAUAACAAGAGUAAGUCCGAGAGCACGACGUUGGAACAAUUACCGAAAACUUUGAAAACCCAAAGCAGUCUGGAGGAGAAAAUGUUCGCGGAGCUUUCAGAACUCGUCAAGACUCAGUCUGACCAGGUGACCAGAACGGUAGCCUACUCCACCAACCAAGUGUUAAAGUUACACCAGGACGUAACGAACAUUUCCAAUGCGCUGAUGGCCGUCAACAAUCGUGGAGGACUCUGUAACUUCACCGUGUCAACGACGGACAUCAAUGACAAACUACCCUUGCACAACAUCAACAACAGCCACAGCAACAACCCAUCGUCUUUCAAAAACAAGUCCAUCGUCGAAAAACCUACAUUGGUGAUGUCAAACAAGAACCGUUCUCCACAUGAUUAGAAUAAAACAAACCAUGUAAAUAGUACUAUAUUAUAAUAUUAUGAACUUAUGUAAUUUAUUUUUUGUCACGCCUGCACCGAAAGUUUAGUUUUCGAUGACGGUUGAAGCGUUGGAAAGCGACGUUUUUCCGUCCAGCGGGCGGUAAAGUGGGAAUCCCCAAAAGUACCGGGCGGUAAAGUGGAAAUCCCCAAAAGUACCGGGCGGUAAAAUGGAAAUCCCCAAAAGUACUGAGCUCAGAUGUCACGCGUAUUCUCUGAACAAACAGACCCUAAAAUCUAUACUACGGUCCUCAUAAACCAUAAACUUUUGGUUACAUCUUAUAUUUAUAUUAUAACCUCCUUGCAUGACGCGUAAACAUUUUUCUUUUAUGAAAUUGUUUUCGUAUAAUAAUUUGGUUGUUGCAUAGAUCCCCGCAUAGUGCAUUACCUUUGCCUUAAUUACAUUUUUUUUAUUCUUAUUUUAAUGUAAUUAUUAUUAUUUAUACUGAAAUCUAUACCACGGUCCUUACAAAACAUACACUUUUGGUUACAUCUUAUAUUCAUAUUAUAACCUCCAUGCGUGACGCUUAAAAUAAAUAAAACCAAAUCCUUUCUUUCAUGAAAUAUUGUUUUCAUAGAAUAGUCUAGUUGUUGCAUAAAUCCUGGCAUGAGUUACCUUUGCCGUGAUGGCGCGAUCAAUGAACGCAGAGGCGUGACAAAAAAUAGUAUGUGUGGCUCGUGCGGGAAGGCAAUUUCAGUCUUGGGCGAAAUGGGCCCGCGACUGAAAUAGCUCACUUCCCGCCCUUGCCACACAAUAUACUAUUACCAAAUUAAUAUUAAUAUAAUAGUAUAUAAUAUACCUAUUAUUGAUAUUUAAUAAAAAUAUUCAAUUAACAUAAAUAAUGUUGCAGAUCAUUCACUUUAAGUUGAUGAGUAAUGUGCCUGUACUAAACAUGUCUGAAACAAUGUUAUUUUUAUCAAUCCUGCAAGUUUCAUAAAUUAAAAUAUUGUCAUAAAAAUAAUUCUGUCAUUUAUAAUCAAAUAUGAUUUCAUCAUUAUAAGUUAUUCAUCUGAGAACUUCCCAAUAUACCUACCCUAAACGCACAUAAUAUACUUUACAUUUUAAAUUAUUAUUUAUUUAAUAACAAAUAAUAAAUUACUUUUCCUAAUUACAAUAUUGUAUAGCAUGUACCUAUGCAUUAACAAUUAUCAAGAAAACUUGCAAUUUUAUGGUAGAUUUAGGUAUAUUUCAGAUUUACUUAGGUUUACCAAGGCAAUAGUCAGAAAUAAACACAUAGCAAAAAAAAAACAUUUAAAUAAAUCACCUACAAAUUACUAACUCUUCAAUUUAUAUUGUUUUUAUUUAACUUGUUGUCCUCACUAUAGAGACAUAGGUGUCUUAAUAAUGUUAGAAACCAGUACAAUAGUCGCCACUUAUUGGACUCACUUUGGGACCAAAGCAUAUGAGUCGAUAAAGUGAAAAGUUCAAGAAUAUAAAAUAGGUAUAUACAUAGAUAGUAUUGUAAUGAAAAAUUUUAAUUUGGCCAUGUACUGAUAAAUAUUUAUUAUUGUGUAUUUCAAAUUUUCAAAUAAAUAUUGUCAUUCAUAAAGAAAAAAACUUUAGAAAUUGAUAACAUGAAAAAUAUAGGACUAAAAAUUGAAGAAAUAUGCCCUUAACACGUUCACUGCAGAUUAUAUUUAAGUAUAGGUACUUGUUGUGACGCUGAAAAAAUUUGUUUUAAAAAAAAAAUUCCCAAAAAUUGAAAAAUUAAAAUAUCAAUGUUUGCACUUGAUUUUAAAACAAUGCUUAUAGAAGACGCUGACAAAAAAACUAAGUUUAAUCGUAACGCUGACCAAAUGAUAGUACAUUAAAUAACAAGAUACAUGACGCCAAUGGGCGUCAUUCAGCAUAUGCAAACUAUGUAAAAUGACGUCUUUUGGCGUCAUCCGCAGUGAAUGUGUUAAAUUAUACAUUAACACCAUUUAACCAGUGUAGUGAGUCCAAUAGGCAAAAUUUCCUAUGUGAAGUAUACCUCCAUGCAAAUCAGAUUCAGCCUGUUUGAGUCCAAUAAGAGGUGACUAUUGUAUACACCUAGUUGGGUAUAUUAUACUCUAAAGAGAUAAUUUUUACUUAAUUAAUAAGGUUCAAUUUUGGUAAAAAUAUUUAUUUUUUUUUUUAAUUUCAACUAUAAUAAUUAUGUUUUUUUUUUUUUUAUUGAACUUAAGCCCGUUGACUAAGGCCAUUAGCUGUUGUAGGGGUUUCGAAAUGUGGUAGGGACUAGGGGUAAGGUUGUUUUUACGAUUGUUUUACGGUAUGUAGCAAACACGUGUAUGUGUGGCAAGGUUUUUAACUAUUAUGUUCCCGGGUGGUCACCCACCCGGGAGCUAGUAGUUGUGGCCGUUACUUACUCCCAGUCGCAUUCCGCGACUGGUAGCAGCCAACGCGCCACGCCAAGCCACAAUAAUAAUUAUGUUUACAAUGAAAUUAAAGAAAACGAUGUAUAUUGUGAUAUAAUUUUAAGUUAUUAAGUUCAUAAAGAUAACCAUACAAAUAUUGUUACCUAAUGGUGUAUUAUGUUAAUUUUUAUUAAAUAAAUUAUAUGUACAAAAUAAAUAUUUUUUAGUAUCAUA